UGUUAUUUUGUUUUGGAUUUGUAUUUGUAAGAUAUAUUGAACUAAAAAAUAUUGAAAUUGUUAUUCCAAGAUAUUAUCUAAUUACUUUAAUGAUAACUAGACGCUUUUAAAAUGGAAAUGAAUAUUUCACAAAGUGAUUAUUUUACGAAUUAUGAAGAUUUGGAGAUUCAUAGGCUUAUGUUAGAAGACGAUCCUAGAACGGAUUCUUACCGACGGGCCAUUUUAGAAAAUACAAGUUACUUCAAAGGCAAAGUGGUAAUGGAUGUUGGUUGCGGUACUGGUAUACUCUCGAUAUUUUGUGCACAGGCUGGCGCCAAAAAAGUAUAUGCAAUCGAAGCUAGUAACUUGUCAAAUUUAGCUACUAAUAUAGUAAAAGAGAAUAACUUUGAAGAGGUUAUAGAGGUAAUACACAGUAAAGUGGAAGAUGUAAAAUUACCCAAUGAUAUGAAGGUUGAUGCUAUUGUAUCUGAAUGGAUGGGCUUUUACCUACUCCAUGAAGGGAUGUUAGAUUCUGUGCUGGUGGCUAGAGACAGAUUUCUUAAAGAAGGCGGUGAAAUGUUUCCAGAGAGUGCAGUCAUUUAUGUAGCUCCAUGUAGUGUUCCACAACUGUAUAAUAAAUGGACCAACUUCCAUGGUGUGGCAUUAUCAACAUUUGCCAAACAGCUUCGAGCCAGCAAAAGCAGUAAACCUGAAAUAAUGCAAAUCUCACCAGAGGAUCUGCUCGGUGCUGAGGUGGCUAUGGCAUGGAUCAAUUUGAGGGAAGACACAGUGAAUGAUUUAAAUUCAUAUAGUAUUCAACAUGUGGUAGGUUCAAGUAAAAUGGGACAAUAUCAAGGUCUCUGCGUAUGGUUCGAGUGCAAUUUUCCCCAACUGUCGAGUGAGAGUCGCAUAAUUCUAAGCACAGGACCAGAGGCAAAGUUGACACAUUGGAAGCAAACAGUUAUACUUCUACCAGAGGAGCAAAAUGUGGAGGAACAAGAACCUAUUGCUUUUCAACUGGAUAUGAAUAGAGAUGUAAAUAGUCCUAGAAGAUACAAUCUAGAGCUGACCCUGUUAGAUCCAGAGGAAGUGGAUCAUCCAAUCCCUUGCACAUGUGACAUGACCAAAUGCAUACUUAUGAAGACUGUCAUGCUGCAGCAUGCAUUGAAUCAAAACAAUAUCAUUGAAGAUGAAAUCAUUGAAGAUGAUGAAUAAAAAAAACUAUUAAUUUUUAAAAUAUAUAUUUGUUACAAAAUAUUGCAUUUGUUUUUAUACUGUGAUCAUUUUAAGAGAGUAUGGAUACAAAUAAAAAUGUACAAGACUU